AUGGCUUCGGACGCCUAUUGUGCGGGCAGCUCGCGCGAGAGCUCGCCCUUGAGCUCGCCGCCCUCGUCGCCAUGCCCCCCGUCUGACUACGGCUUUCCCUCUCCACCUCCCUCGCAGGACCCGUCCACCAAAGGUUCACCGCUCCCGGACGCCAUGGAGCCCGCGCGAUCCUGCGACGACGACGGCCCUCCACGCAAGAAGAGACGCACCGCCGAGCCGAAGCCGCGUGUCACUCGCUAUUUGAAUCUGCACGAGGACAUCAUCGACGACACGGAACGCGACGCUCUUGAUCUGUUGCUCAAGGUCCUGCACAAGAAGCGCAAGAUUGUGAUGAUCGUGGGUGCAGGAAUCUCGGUCGCAGCCGGCAUCCCCGACUUCCGCUCCUCCAAGGGCCUUUUCAACACGCUCAAGCAGCAGCACAAUCUCAAAUCCUCUGGCAAGGACCUGUUCGACGCUUCUGUAUACAGGGAUCCCGACACCACUGCGACGUUUCACGAAAUGGUCCGGUCGCUGAAGCGCCAGGCCGAGGAGGCCAAGCCCACCGCGUUCCAUCAACUUAUUGCAACUCUCGCCGACGAAGGCAGAUUACUGCGCCUGUACUCCCAGAACGUUGACGGCAUCGAAACCAGGCUAAAACCGCUGGAAUCCAAAAUCCCGCUGCCGCAGAAGGGCCCUUGGCCGAAAACGGUCCUACUCCACGGAGGGCUGGAGAAGAUGGUCUGUGCGAAAUGCAACGACGUGACGGAUUUCGAGCCCGAGCUUUUCCACGGGCCCAUUCCACCCCCCUGCAAGACGUGUGAAGAGGCGGACCAAGUGCGCACUCAGCAUGCAGGAAAAAGGAGCCAUGGUAUCGGAUUGCUGCGGCCUCGCAUGGUGCUCUACAACGAAAACGGACCCGAUGAUGAAGCCAUAGGUUCCGUGACCACCGCGGAUCUGAGAGCACGCCCUGAUGCUGUCAUUGUCGUUGGGACGACACUGAAGGUCCCUGGAGUGCGGCGCAUUACUCGAGAGAUGGUCAACACGGUGAGAGACCGCAAGGAUGGCCUUACUGUUUGGAUCAACAAUGAACCGGAGCCGAAGGGCGUGGACCUGGAGAACUGCUGGGACUUGGUGGUGCGCGGUCCGUGUGACGCUGUUGCCCGUCAAGCCGCUCUACGCAUUUGGAACGACAGGAGCGAGACCAUGGCCAGAAUCCUCUCUGAGGAGGAAUACGAAGCUGCCAAGCAGAAGCCGAGCCCCGAGGUUCGCAUCUUCAACUCUCCACGCAAGGACCGUGUCGAGCAGGUGAAGGGCAUCCCCACUCCCGCGUCAAGCCCGAAGAUUCAGCCGCAGGACUCGUCGAUUGGAGAAGAAAUCACGGUCGUGUCCAGGCCAGCCACGCCGUCCAAGAAGGCUACUGCGCAAAGCAAGGGCAAGGGUAGAAAUCUGAACAACGUCCCUCUCGCUGAGCGGCCCAAGACAAAAUCUACAGGUGCGAAGGCGACGGCGGCCAAGAAGAAGGCUGCACCGAAAAAGAAAUCAAACGCACCCGCGAAGUCCAACGAUAAAAUUACCAAUGCGUUCAACGUUUCCAAGCCCGCAGCGCAAAACACGUCGGAAUUGAAGACCAAGCCGCAAAGGCGCGGGAAGAAGAUGGACGCUGCGAAUGGUCCCAUGGCACCGGUUUCACCACAAUCAGCCAAGAAUAACACGGCGCCCCCUCACAGCGACCCGCAUACGCCCAAGGCGCUCAGUUUGGAGACGAAGCAGAUAAAGCCGGAGGCCAACGACGACGGGUCCGCUGGACCGAGGCGGAGCCCCAACGCGUCAACAGGGACCAUUUCUCCAACGGGCUACGUUCCGAAAGAUUUAAUGAAACUCGUAAAUUGA